AUGGCAAAAUCAAAUAGGAAGAAACGUCCACCACCUUGUACACCUUCUCCUAAACCUUCAAUUACAAAACCCAAGUUGGCCAGUGCCAGCACCGGACGAAUCGACUAUAGCCUACUUUCACAUCCUGACCAAGCUAUAGAAGUGAGAAAUGAAGAUCAAGAAGACUCUCCUGCUAGGAAUACGAGAUCGAAAGUCACUCUAUCCCAAUUUUCCUCAGGGUCCGACGUAGUGUUCUUAUCUACCUCCAAGAAGAAAGGUUCACCGGCACCUAAGAAGACUCAUCCGACCUCUUAUGCCAAGGCAGUCAACCCAAUUGCUUCUUCUUCUUCUUCCUCCUCCAAGGGCAAAUCUCGUCAACAAAUACCUCCCUCAUCAUCCACAUCUAACACCAUCGACUCACAUCACGUUAUCGCACAAAAGGGAACCUCUUCGUUCACCCUCACUACCCCACAAGCAUCGCAUAGCCACCAAGAGAUCGAAGCUGAAUGUAUCAUUUGCUCCGAGGAGAUUUCCGAGAUCCUGGCCAAAGCGGAGAAAGAAGGUAAAGGGGGGAUUGGAGGUGGUUUGGGAUUGUGGAGUUGUGAAUUAGCAGGAUGUGGUGCUUUAUUCUGCAUCGAAUGUGCAAUCGCAUGCAUCGAUCGAUCAUCUUCCAAAACACCAUUGGCAAAACCGAUUUGUCCGGCAUGUACGAGGGAGUGGAAUGUCGAAGAAAUUAGAGAUCAAGCUAAAGCUUACGAUUCUUCGGAAUACCCUGCUUCUGCUCCUGGACAACAGCAAUCACAGGGGAGUGCGGAUACUCAACUCGCUGUACAUAAUGCGAGUACCAACUCCAAUCCGUAUAAUGUGAAUGAGGAUCGAAGACGUUUACACUUAGAACGAAAUCCAAUUGGUACCCCGAACUCAGCUCGUCCAACGUUCACAUGGAACAUACCAACCAUCGGCAAUCAUCCGAUCAAUCACCCUUCGCAAGCCCAAUUGAUUCCUUUUGUGCCUGCAGAUUACAACCUUGCGCCGAUAUUGCCCACCAAAGGCCCCGCAGUUCCUCCUACUUCAGUCGAUGGCUUCGUACAGGUCGGGAAUGGGAGAAUGCCAAAUGCAGCUACACCAUCGAGAGAGGCUAUUAGAGGGAACGGGAAAGGUUGGGUAAGAGGUGACAGCUCUCGGAAUGCGGCUGGUAGUAACAAUCGAUACGUUCAAUAA